AUGGGGAAAGGAUCCGCCCUCUCCGAUGGAGUGGUGAAGAAGAUAAUCCUCUCCUACACCUACGUGGCUAUCUGGAUCUUCCUAUCCUUCACUGUCAUCGUCUAUAACAAGUACAUCCUCGACCGGAAACUCUACAACUGGCCUUUCCCCAUCUCCCUCACCAUGACCCACAUGGCCUUAUGCUCCUCCCUCGCCUUCUUCCUCGUCCGCGUCGCCGGAUUCGUCGACCUCCAUGCCGCCGCCCUCUCCCGCCGCGUCUACCUAACCUACAUCAUCCCCAUCGGCGCCCUCUACUCCCUCUCCCUCUGGUUCUCCAACUCCGCCUACAUCUACGUCUCUGUCUCCUUCAUCCAAAUGCUCAAAGCCCUCAUACCCGUCGCCGUCUACACAAUCAGAAUUCUACUCAACAAGGACUCCAACAAGCCCUCCACCAUGGUCAACAUGCUUGCCCUUUCAAUCGGCGUUGCAGUGGCCCCGUACGGCGAGGCAAAAAAUGACUCCUGGGGAGUGUUUUUGCAAUUAAUGGCGGUGGGUUUCGAUCCCGAGUCCACCCGGCUGGUUAUGAUACAGAUCUUGCUAACCUCCAAGGGGAUAAGCUUAAACCCCAUAAAAUCCUUGUACUAUGUCGCUCCCAGCUGCUUCGUUUUCCUGUGUAUCCCUUGGGUUCUGGUCGAAUUGCCGCUUCUCCGAGAGAGCUCCGGCGGCUUCCGGUUCGAUUUUUUGGUUUUCGACACCAAUUCCCUCUGCGCCUUUGCGCUCAACUUGGCUGUUUUCUUGCUGGUGGGCAAGACUUCGGCCCUGACCAUAAAUGUGGGUGGAGUGGUUAAAGAUUGGCUCUUCAUUGCGUUUUCUUGGUCUGUGAUUAAGGAUAGUGUCACCCCUGUUAACUUGCUUGGCUAUGGGGUGGCGUUCUGGGGGGUUGGGUACUAUAAUCACUCCAAAUUGCAGGCGUUGAAGCCUGAAUGCCAAGGAAGCCCAGAAGAAGGCUCAAAGGGCGAUGAUGAGAGUGGGAGAAAUUUGAGUGACAAAGAAUCCUCCGGCUCUUCAAUCGGCAAGAAGGCCGUUGCCUCCUCCUCCAAAACGAUGUACGCCCAUCGGGCCGUUAGGGCUGCCACUGCAGGUUCCUCCGUUGUUGAUGCCAUCCGCAUGCAAGCAGACGUCCAGCGCUGA